GCUUGAACGGGCGCCGACUGCUCUCCCUUCUGUCAAAGCUGCGCGUCAUCGCAACGCUGAGUGGCUCACUGCAGGCCGUAUACGUCAUCAACGAGCAGAGCGCAUGCUGAUGCGGGUAUAUAAAGCGGUGGACGUUGUAGACCGUGCUCAACCUCUUUUUCCCCGUUACACGACCAUCAUGUCGAAAGAAAUCGAGUUCAAGGGCUACGCACUCACAGGCAAGUCACUCUCCCCCUGAUAUCCAGAUUCCUGAGACCAAGAUGCUCGCAGACCCCUCCAAAUGGAACGACCUUAAGGUCACCCCCAUCAAGCCCAAGACCUUCCAGCCGGAGGACGUCGAGAUCGCCAUCACCCACUGCGGUGUCUGCGGCUCGGAUGUGCACACCCUCACCCAGGGGUGGGGCAAGUCCAAGCUGCCGCUCGUCGUCGGCCACGAGAUCGUCGGAAAAGUCGUCCGCGUCGGCGACAAGGUCACCGAGUUCAAGCCCGGCGACCGCGUCGGCGUCGGCGCGCAGAUCGGCGCAUGUCUCAAGUGCAAGGCGUGCAAGACGGAUCUGGAGAACUAUUGUCCAGAGAGCAUUGAGACCUAUAACAGCGAGUACCCGGACGGAGUUGUCAGUCAGGGUGGAUACUCCACCGCCAUUCGCGCGCACGAGCGGUUCGUCUUCCCGGUACCCGACGAGAUCGAGUCUGCGCAUGCCGCGUCAAUGCUCUGCGCAGGUCUUACCGUAUACUCGCCGCUAAAGACCUACGGCACAGGUCCCGGGAAGAAGGUCGGGAUUGUAGGAAUCGGGGGUCUGGGCCACUAUGCGAUCCUCUGGGCGAAGGCCAUGGGAGCGGAAGUAUACGCUUUCACUCAAAACGAGGAGAAAGUCGACGACAUCAAGAAGAUGGGCGCAGACCAUGUGAUCAACGUCAAUAAGAAGGACUUUGCAAAGCCGUUGGCCCGGACGCUUGAUCUCAUCGUCUCGACCGCCGAUGUGUUCGACCCGGAUACGCCGAUUAGCGAUUAUCUGUCGACGCUCUUCGUUCACGGAAAAUUUAUCACAGUAGGAAUACCGGACGUGGAUAAGCCACUGCCUGAGCUGCACCCGUUCGACUUUGCGGGGAAUGGAUGCCUGCUUGGAGGUAGCCAUGUCGGAAGCAAGAAGGAGUGUCUUGAGAUGCUUGAGCUGGCGAGGUCGAAGAACGUGAGACCGUGGAUCGAGACGAUGCCGAUGAAGGAUGCGGGGAAAGCCCUCAUGGGAGUGAAGGAGAAUCGGGUCAGGUACCGCUAUGUCUUGACGCAGGACUUGAACUAGAGAAUAGAAAGUAGCCAAAGCUCAUAGAACGUUAUUUGUUGUAUCAGUAAACGUAGACUAGCCGAAGAAUUGCAGCGUAGCCGCAUAUUGAUGCCUCUGUUCUCUUCCCUCCGAAAGAGACAUUGAGAUGGCCAUCAAUGCUUGGUGACGUAGCU